CGAAAGGAAAGAACAUGAUCUGAUCACCUGAAAUUUCGGCAUAACAUUCUGUUGAUGUACGCAAGGAUUCUAUUGUUCCGAUGUCCUCGCAAUCCUCUAAAUGGUUUCCACCCUACUCAAUUUUCCAGCGAAAUUUUUUUCAUGCAUUGUUGAGAAUAUCGCAAAAGCAAGACUAGAGACAAAGUAUCCCGAAUAUACUACGACAACAUAAAUCUCGAUCACAUUAAUUACGACGCACAAAGUAAAACUUCGAAUAUUUUACAUUCAUUAAGGUAAGUCUAACAAGUAUUACAUUCAAGAUGCCACCUGCUGAAGAAGAAGAACCUAUCCUCGACUUCGGUAAGAAGAAGAAGAAAGAGAAGAAGGAAAAGAAGGAGAAAAAACCCGAUCAGGAAGUCGAGGAGGUGGAGCUCGUUGAAACAGAGUUCGUGGCGGGCGAAAUAAUCGAUUACGAGGAGCUUCUCCAGCGUAUCCGUGACAUCAUCGAUAGCAAUCAUGGUGGUCUCGGUGUUCGUGAGAAAUACACCCUCACGCCACCAGAGGUACUUCAUUGUUACUUUCUAGCGGCGAUAACCUCUACCUCAAAAUCAGAAAUCUUUAUGAUAAUCUCAUGUCUGUUUUUUGAAUUGCCUCAUUUUGAUAUUACGGCAAUGAAAUUAUGGACCAAGUUGUUAAAGACGAAACUUAUCUGCAUUCCGUUUUCGAAAUUGUCAUCAAACAGAUUGCACGAGUCGGAGCAAAAAGGACCGGAUGGAUGAACUUUCAGAAAAUCUGCGACUCAAUGAACCGAUCGUCAGAACACCUAAUGUCAUAUGUAUUUGCAGAACUUGGUUGCGACGGAACAACGGCAGGUGAGGGGCAAUUCAUUCUCAAGGGUCGCUUCUAUCCCCGAAAUAUCGAGUCGCUGCUGCGGAAGUACUUCUUCUAAAUUUAUACUAGACUUCAUCAGUUUGUUGAAGAUGGGAUUGAUAAUUUCAUAAAGCUUCAAAUGUCACGACUUUAUCGCGGGUUAGCCGUAGCUGCAAAUUUGACAGUGCAUAGUCGCCAAAGCUGCUACUCUAAGAAAACUACAUCUGAUUGCACGUUUUUUCAUCGUCAUCGUGUAUUUCCAUCAGUAAGUAUUCUCUUCGCAUCGCCAUUUUCUCAAAAAUAAAAGGUAUAUUCGAGAGUAUGUCAUGUGCUCGAUGUGCAGAAGUUCUAACACGACAUUGGGAAGAGAUCACGCAACCCGAUUGCACGUGAUCAGCUGCCGGAAUUGCGGAGCGUCAAGGUACACUAUUUGAAAUUCUUUGAAGUAGCAUACCAUAAGACUCUCGAAUUUGAAACUUUCCUCUGACCAAUUUCUUUAAAGAAAUAAUCAUUUACUUCAUUCAGUAAAUCAUGCGUGUUAAAUGAAAAAAGAUUUGAAUGGUAGACCACAGGCAGUAAAGAUUAUCAUAUUCGUAUUCCACACCACAGAACGUGCCAGACUAUUAAGAGUGGCUUUCACGCUGUUGCGAAAGGGGAGCGUAAGAAGGCAAAACAGGCUGGCGGAAAUCUGCAAACGGUGGGUUAAUUGCCUUGUGCAGCUUCGAGCCUGUCGGACAUGGGUGUCACUCAACGAAUCCAGACAUGGAUUUCUCCUCUCUCUCUCUCCUUAGCGGGAAUUAGCAAAAGUCCCCUAGUGUUUCACACGACAAUGUCAUAUUAUGUUGUUCACACUGCAUAUCAUCACUGAUGACACACUCUUUUUGGACGAUAUUUUCAUCUGAAACUGAAACUACUCACCGGUUAUGUAUUCAAGUAGUUCUAGGUAGAAGCUUUUUUAGUUCUUCUCCAUCAUGAAUACUUCUACUUGCAUCAAGCCGAAUGAAGAGCGGACACUACGCGGACCUGUCCGAACUUCUCAGUAAGGCUCAAAGAAAACCAAAAAUGUCCGAUGCGAGUCACCGUCUAUCGAAGUACUAGAUUCGUAAUGAAUACUAGAUGGAGGUGGAACGAUGCCGCCCGAAAGAAAUGAAAGGAUGCAAAAGUACUUAUGUAGAAAUUCGAACCCAACAAAUACAGCCAUCAUCUCCGGCUGAACUGCUCAACAUUUCGUUUUUUUCUUCUUUGCAUACAAGAUCGCAAGAGGACGACGGUCAUCACUCUAGCUAUGAAAUUUGCAACGCAUGAUCGCUAUCGCACCACUAAGAAUAAAUCAAGCUCCACCACGUGGCUGCCUGCUUCCGUGGGCGGACCUCUCAACACGUUGUGCUUAGCAGGUACAAGUACAACAAGUCGUACGCUUUCUCGAGUGUUGAUAACCUGUAGUCCACUUCUCCGCGGAAUUACAGACUUGGUAGAGCGCGUGGGCGGAUACUAAACAUUAAAU